AGGUUUCAGCACAGGGUUUCAGCAGUAACGACCAGAGGAGCUACAAGACGGUCCUACUCUCCCGCCAUUUCUCACCCUAUUUCUUCAGGUUCAAGACAAGAAUAUUCAACAUGGCGGAAGGCUGUUGUGCGUCGAUCAUCAAGACGCUCUUGUUCAUCUUCAACUUCAUAUUCUGGAUCGCCGGAGCGGUCCUGCUCGGAGUCGGGAUCUGGCUGCGUGUGGACCCGGCUGUGGCAGAGGUUGUGUCCGGUGAACUCAACAUGACGUGGUUCUACAACGCCUGUUACGUGCUGAUCGCCGCCGGAGUCAUCACCAUGAUCGUCGGCUUCCUGGGCUGCUGCGGCGCCAUCAAAGAGAGCAAGUGCAUGCUCAUGACGUUCGCCAUCUUGCUUGGGCUGCUUUUCGUCAUCGAACUGGCUGCUGGGAUUCUGGCGAUUGUGUACAAGGACAAGAUCGGAGACUACGCCAGGCAGUCCUUCACUGAUGCUCUCCAUGGAGAAACUGUGGAAAACAAGAAUGACGACUUCAAGAACGCCGUGAGAAGCAUCCAGAAGAAGUUCACCUGCUGCGGUUUGACGUCCACUGACAACUGGGGUUUCCCGUGUCUGGAGUCCACCUGCGUGUGUCUGCAGCUCACAGGCUGCAAACCCAUCGUCAGCAUCCCGCCAUGCGCCGUGCAUCAGCCAUGUCUGACGGAGUUUGAGUCAUUCCUGGCCAACAACAUCGUCAUCGUGGCAGGAGUAGCACUGGCUAUCGCCAUAGUCCAGAUCAUUGGCAUUUGCUGCGCAUGCGUCUUGAUGAGGAACAUCUACGGCGAAACCAUCGCAUAGAAAUCCGCCAUCUUGUUUCUUGCCAGUUUCCAGCUGCGUGUAGACAAGUGGAUAUUAAGGCCAUAAGUUGUAUUCUACUUGCAGUGUGCCUUGUAGCACUUCUCAGAGGAAAUGUUGGAGUAUUGUAUUGAAGUAUUGAGUUGAAAUGAUAUUUUGUAUACCGUACAGCAUUAUGUAUUCUUCAUAUGACUCCUUCCUAAGAGAUUUCGGAAUGUUCCUUUGUUUUAAACGUUACGAAGUCAAGUCGGUAUAGUUUAAAAGUUAGACAUUAGUUAAUUAUUUCGUUAAAUUUGUUUAGGUUGUUUACACGUUUGAAAGAUUGGUGAACAAACAUGUUAUAGAGUUACUUUAAGUGAUGUUUCCAUCACAUUUUUAUAUAGCAGGAAAUACAAUAUGUGAGUUGUCGGACUGACUUGGUUAAAUGGCGACGGGAAAAACCGUUACCAUGGCAACAGAUCCAUAUAUUCUUAUUUGGUAAGUUGUUCAGAAAUGAUGACAGCGUUACGUUAUCGUAGAUCAUACAAAAGUGCCUGGAAGAACUCUUGGUUAGGGUUGAAGUUUCACGUGGCCUUGUUAUGAUCGCUAAAGAAGGAAAAUAAUUUGUUACCGCCACUAAGCAUCAAUAAAUAUUAAAAGGAAAAUAGUGUGAUUCA